GACAAAUUGAGCAACAAUGAAAGUCUCCUUCAUUGCUUGCUUCUUUUUUAUAUUUUCCUACACAGCUUUGAGCACCGCAGCUAAGGUCAGGAUUACCCCGGAUGGAUCCGAAGCAGAAAUCGAAGAAUUUCCUUACCAAGUUCUCAUUACCUUGCAAGGUAAUCCUCUCUGCGGCGGUUCAUUGAUAAGCGACUUGCACGUACUCACAGCUGCGCACUGCGUCUAUAAAAUUGUCGCGGAUCCUUAUGGAGACAUCGGGGAUGUUAAAAUUUUAGUGGGCUCAAAAUAUCUAGGAGGAGGUCAAAGUCACAAUGUACGAAGAAUAUCACAUCACAAAGAUUACAUCGAUGAAACAAUUGACACUCCUUAUUUCAUUCCCAACGACGUGGCAGUCAUUCAGCUUGAGAGCAGAGUUACACUGUCUCCGCAAGUUCAGCCAAUAAGUUUGCCAAGCGGUGAAAUUGAUACAAGUACCCCAGUCGUUGUAACUGGUUAUGGAAGUACUGUUUAUGCCGGUCAACCUUCAAUGGUUCUGAGAAAAUUGUACACUUAUACCAUUUCCCUUGAUGAGUGCCGAGCUCAGCACCCAAAAAUCAUUCUGGACAGCAGCAUUUGCACCGAUCGUUUCAAAUACGACGAACUGUACCAAACAUACGGUGGUACCUGCUCCGGUGACAGUGGAGGACCGCUGGUAGACAUAAAUAAGAAAAUGAUCAUCGGUGUGGUUUCCGGUGGCUACGGUGGCUGCGAUUCUCCUUAUGCCAAUGUUUUUGCUCGAGUCUCGCAUUUCUUACCGUACAUUUACUCAGAAACCAGCUAUUACACUCUUCACCCAUACGAAGCUAGUGAACAUCCAAGUAUUACAAAUAUAUUUUAUCGCUACGCUAAUGAAAAGUAGAAAAACGAAUUAAUCAAAUAAAUGAAAAUUUGUUAUAUUAGUGCAAUAUAAUAAUUUUUGAAUAGCU